CGCACUUGAACUCGUUGAAGUCCUUUAUGAAGGUAGGCUGCAGCGUGUGUUUAUUGAUGAGAUGAAAGAAGAUGGAAGUGAGAAAUGAAAUAAAGUAAGGGAAAAUAUUAAACAAUUCGAAGCCUUGCCGGGGAAAAACCGGGGAAGCUGUGAAUCGCUGUCGCCAUUGGAAAAAAAGCUUAGGACAGCAGCGAUACGUCUGGAUUGGCUCACGAAGACACUGCCAGGACAUCAAAUGUGAUCUGUGAUGUCAUUGCAAGGUGGGGAGGUUUUGGAGGUGUCCAGUUUAAAUUGAAAGGGCGGUAUUGAAGAGACCACUGUGGCAGAGCGACCUGUGAUAGAGGCAAGCAGAGAGGACGGAAGGUAUUGCCUAGCACUGGUCUUCUCUCAGCCACCUCCACCAGGAACCUGUAGCAGUGUGUCCUGUGCCUCAAUUACCAGCCUCACACACAUCUUCCCAACCAAGCGUCAUCUGACUGUGUGACAUCAGUUGCAAGGGGAUGACCGAGCGCAUUCAUAACAUCAAUCUCCACAACUUCAGCAAUUCUGUACUUGAGACCCUCAAUGAGCAGCGCAACCGCGGGCACUUCUGUGACGUGACUGUUCGGAUCCAUGGAAGCAUGCUGCGAGCCCACCGCUGCGUGCUGGCCGCUGGGAGCCCCUUCUUUCAGGACAAGCUGCUCCUGGGCUACAGUGACAUUGAGGUCCCCUCGGUGGUCUCGGUGCAGUCCAUCCAGAAGCUGAUAGACUUCAUGUACAGUGGGGUCCUGCGGGUUUCCCAAUCGGAAGCUCUCCAGAUCCUCACUGCUGCCAGCAUACUGCAGAUCAAAACGGUCAUCGAUGAGUGCACCCGCAUCGUGUCCCAGAAUGUGGGCCUGGCCGGGCCAGGGGGGUUCCCUAUCAACCCAGGAGACUCUGGGCAGGAGACGCCCCGGGGCACACCUGAGUCAGGCACCUCUGGGCCCAGCAGCGAUGCAGAGUCAGUGUACAUGCAGGCCACGUCCCAGCAGAACCUAGAGCGUGCGUACACAUCGCAUUACUCCUACUCCGGCCUUUCACUGCAGAAUGGAACCCGUGAGCGCUCCCACUACGUAACCAGUAUGACAACAAGCUACGACCCAGCCCUCGGCACGCAGAAGGACCAGCAUGACCAGGACCCGCCGUGGAUCACCCGCAUCCAUGAGAGGUCACAGCAGAUGGACCGCUUCCUAUCCACUCCUGAGACCACCCACUGCCGCAAGCAGCCCCGACCGGUACGCAUACAGACAGGAGGCGUUCACAUAAAGCAGGAGGCAGAGGACGAGUACAGCAGCUAUGGUAUGGAUGAGUGCACAGAAGACACAGAACACGUUGAGGGUGUGGAGAGUGAGCCGAAGGGUGAAAGCUUUGACUCAGGGGUAAGCUCCUCCAUCGGUACUGAGCCAGACUCCGUGGAUCAGCAGCAGUACCUGCUUGGCUUUGGGAGGGAAGGGGUUGGAGAGGGGCAACAGUGCGAGGGGACCCCAGUGCAGAUCGAUGUCAAUGACUCCUCCCCAGAGCAGAUGCAUGAGACGGAGGACAGGGGCACAUCCCACGGCACUAGCGACAGUAACAUGUUGCAGCCCCUGCCCAACCCAAUCAUGGCCCAGUCCCUGCCAAGUGCCCCACUCUAUAUGCGCCAGGCCGAAUCUCACACCAGCAACCUGAGGAUGCCGCUCACCAUGACCAGCAACACCCAGGUAAUGGGCACGGCCAGCAACUCCUACCUGCCCAACCUCUUUGCCACACAGUCGGCCAGCAACAACAAGCCCUUCCUCUUCAGCCUGCCACAGUCCAUGGGAGGCCAACAGACCCAGUUUGUGGCCGUGCCGCCCCCUUGUAUGCCCCCAUUCUCUCAGCAGUUGAUGGUACAGCAGCAGGCAGCGCGGGAACAGCAACAGGCAGCCCAGAUGGGACAGGGGGAGAAGAAGCCCUAUGAGUGCACUCUAUGCACUAAAACCUUUACUGCUAAACAGAACUAUGUCAAACACAUGUUUGUGCACACUGGUGAGAAACCACAUCAGUGCAGCAUCUGCUGGCGCUCGUUCUCCCUGAAGGAUUACCUAAUCAAACACAUGGUCACACACACAGGGGUGCGUGCCUACCAGUGCAGCAUCUGCAACAAACGCUUCACCCAAAAGAGCUCCCUCAACGUCCACAUGCGGCUGCACCGUGGAGAGAAGUCCUACGAGUGCUACAUCUGCAAGAAGAAGUUCUCGCACAAGACCCUGCUGGAGAGACACAUGGCUCUGCACAGCACAGCGGGCGCCGUCACGGGGCUGUCGGGGGCAGCAGGCGCCGGUGGUCCCGUCUCCAUUCCCAUGGCCGUGCCCGAACCCGGCGCCGGAGUGGUGGCCCUCGCCAUGCCCGUCAGCGGAGGCGCCGGAAUAGGGGGUGGGGUCGGAACAGGAGUGGGUGUGGCUGCGGAGGCAAGCUGCCAAGAAGGGACCACCUACGUGUGCUCCGUCUGUCCUGCCAAGUUCGACCAAAUUGAGCACUUCAAUGACCACAUGCGAAUGCAUGUCUCCGAUGGAUAAGUACAAAUAGAUGCACUUCUUUAAAAAAAGAAUGAAAAAGAAAAAUGGCACUAGAUUUUUUUAUUUUGGGGCAUGAAGAGUAAUGAGUAUAGACACUGGCACAUUAAGUUUCCCAGAAAGGAGUUUUUUUUGUUGUUAUUCUAAAAGAAAAACAAGAUGGUGGCCUUAAGGCUUUGUAGUUUGAUAUUGAUCCACUGGAUGGAUCCUUACUACAGGCCUCUAAAUGUAUGCUUUCCUAAAAUUACUGAUUUAUGUGUUGAACACUACCGAAAGGCCUACGAAAGAAACACACACAUACACAAAUUCAAACUUACACACCUAUAUACAGUAUAGAUAUAUGUUUGUAUGAGUGUAUGUGUUCAUGUGUGUAUGUGUGUGCUUGUGUAUUUGUAUGUGUGCGUGACUGCUUGUGUGUGUGUGUGUGCGCGUGUGCAAACAUUGCCAUGGAAUUUCUAACAUGGUAAAUGUGAUCCCAUAUUGACCGUUUUGGGCACUAUAGGCGUCCAAGCUUACUGUGGUAUGAUUUUCAAAUAAACAAAAAAAAAAAUAUCUGGCUUGGGCUAAAGAUUCCCUCUUAAAAAAUAUUGUUGGUCACAAGUUUGCCUUCUUAUGUCGGAUAAGAAAAGGAGAGUAAUUCAUUUGACACUGGGUUUUUAUUUAUUAUUAUGGUAUCGAGGGAUUAAAAUGCAGCUGUUGUGGAGGUACAAGUUGAUUUGACUAAUUGUACUGAAAUGUAACUUCCUGUGAGUGGGUAUAGGAAUGGUUAUUUGGUUAAUGUUUUACUGUCCAUGCAGUUUGAUGGUUCAGGUUAAGUUGACGAAAUUAGGGUUGUUGAUAAGACAGUAUUUGAGCAACAAACAAACAAAAAGUAAUAUUGUUAGGAGUUUAUUUCGUUUGCAUACACUGCCACUAAUAUCUUAGAAGACUGUUCAGGCUAUAACUUAUUAACAGAAGACAGAAGAAAGUUCUUCUUGACUUAAUCUGUUUCUAAAUGAUUGUUUAGUUCUAUGAAGAGGAUUUGACAUGGGCAGUUGUGGCAGGCUUGAGUAUGUCACCAGACUUAUCAUGAUUGCUGCUCCCACAACGUGUACCAGUCUGUUAUAAACUGUAGAUUACGACGCGAUUCGUCAUUAUUAAUAUUAUCGUUCAAAUGAUAAAAAUAAAAAAAAGAUAUAUAUAUUAUUUGAUAAUGGAAUGAUUUACCAAGGAAGUUUAAGACAGCCGUCAAAUGGAUUACCGGUGAAUUGAGAAUGAUUCUGUGAACUUGCAUUGGACAGAAAUAUCAUCCUAUGACCUAAAACUCUUGUCUACCCUGUUCCUAAGGAUUAUGACCCAGCUAUUUGAGCAGGUGGAGAAAAUGAAAUGCACUACUCCUGAAAUCUUAGCUCCACCUGGUGGCCCAAAUGGCAUGUCAUGUACGGACAUGACAUGCAGACAAGAGAGACACGAGGCAAAAUAAAGCAUGAUAAACAUAUACCCGGGUCAAUAAUUAGCCUACUUCAUAAUAUACCACAAUUUGCAGAUGGACUUUCCAGACAAUAAGAAACAUUCCUGUUUUCACCGGAUACCUAGACACAAGUGUGUACAGAAUAGAUUUGGGAGUAGGGAGCGGGGAGACCGUUCGAGUGUCACGUCACUCAAAGGCUCUGCUCUGAUAUUUGUCUUGUUGUUCUUGCAUUUGAUCCAAAAUAAGACAGACACGUCUGCCUGAAACUGCAAUCUGACGUUUUUGCUCAUUUCUUUUGAGUAGACACUUUUUUUUUUUGAGUUACAACGAUGAGAUCGUAACUAACCACAAUUACAGUACAGUCUGAAAACAAUAUGUUGUAGAUAGAAACAAAGUGCUGCAUUGCAAAUUUUCUUCAAAUGCCUGUGCUUAAUAUUGAAUUGUUUUACUUAAGAAAUUAAAUUCUAUGAUUUUCGUUUUUUAUUUUUUUUCUAAAGGAAAAAAAAAAUAUUUCUUAAAAGCUUGAUAAGAGGACUGCAUUAUUUUCUUGCAUAUAUGUUGCACUGCUUAAACCGAUAAGUGCACUACUGUUACCAGAGAUAUUUUAGUUUUAGAGAAUAAUAAUCAUUUUUUAUCGAAUGUUUGGUUGUAGAAUUCACGUGUUAGAAUAGCUUUUGUUCUAUUUUUCGAUAAGGUAAUUCAACGUUUCUUGGCUUUUGUUAUUGCUUGCUACUAUAUGUAUUGACUUGUGCCGUGUUUGUGCAAGCAUUUAUUUUUUAUUCAAAUCCGAACCAUCGUGUGAGCUUCUCUCUGUUUUUACCCUUUUUAAAUGCAUUCUUUUCAGGAGUUAAUCCCUUCUAACAGCAGUUAUCGCACUGCAUACAUUAGAACAGAUGCUGAAUUUUCAUACAAAAAGCAUUCAUGCCAAAAGAUACCCCCCCCAAAAACUAACUUUUUUUGAUAUAUAGUGUGCGUGGACAUAAAUGACACACAUAAAUCAUAGGCGUGCUUUGGGAAUAAGGAGGGUGGGUGGGAGAUUGUACGAAGCUUAUUUGCUAUUUGUAAAUUGUUUCACAAGUGUGUGUCUCUUGUGUUUUGUAUGUCUGUGUGAGUGUUUGUGUGUGUUGGUAUAAUCAAACUGUUGGUGUCCCAAGUGGAUGUGUAAUACCUGAACUGUAGGGCUUCCUUUGCAAUAUGCAGUGCAGGUACUAUGAGAAGCAGCUUUUGCUAACCCUCAUGGGCUAAUAAACACAUUUGUGAUGCACAUUUACGAAGACAUCUAUUGAUCAAACAUUGAUACUGGUAAAUACACUGCCCCUAUUGGAAGAAGUAUAUGGCAUUUUGUGCCUAGUGCUUUAGUUACCUUCAAUUCAGCUGGUUGCUAUUUGAAAAGGCAAGGUGUACCUGAGAAAAGUCUCCCGCCAGCUUCACUGUGUUCUAUCUUUGUCUCUUUCAAAUGGGGAAAAACAAGGACGUGAUGAGGACUGUAAUUAACAUAGAUCACAAAGUUGGGAUAUCCUCAUAUCAGAAACACCGGACCCAGUGCAUGCAUCAGAGCGGUGUCUUCAUGUUAUGUCAUAGUCUCCAUCUGGUCACUGAAUUAGCAUGUGGUUGUCAAGGCGAAGGAAACAAUAUACACUCCCCUACGUGUUUUGUGGAACAGUGAAUCUACAUGUUUCAUUUGUCUCUAUACCCCAGCAUAUUUUCAUACAUAUCUGUUUUACCGUUUAGAAAUGAAAGCACGUUAUGUAUGUAGUCCCCCCAGUUGAACGUAAUUCGAAGUAUUUGGACGAAUUCACUUAUAGUGUAUUAUAUUUAGUCAAAAGUUUAUUACUUGGUCCCAUAUUCCUAACACGCAAGCUUGUGACUACAAACCCGUUGGAUGCAUUUGCAGUUCAUAUUGGUUGUGCUGUUGUGCUGUUGUGCCCACUAGAGAUGAAUGGUAAAUAAUGUGUAGUGUAUUUUGGAGUCACUUUCAUUGUAAAUUAGAAUAUCAUAUUUCUGAACGAUUAUAAAUUAAGGUGGAUGCUACCAUGAUUAUGGAUAAUUAUGAAUGAAUCGUCAAUAAUGAUGUGUGAUAAAGUUACAGAGACAUAAAUAUCAUGCCCCCCCCCCCCCCAAAAAAAAAUGGUAACCUCCCUGUUAUUGGUAAUGGUGAGAGGAUAGCAUGUUUUGAGGGAUCUUUGUGCAUCUGUAACUUGGUACAUUCAUGUAAAAGUGUCCAGAAACAUAUUAUUUUCUUAUUUACAAUAAAAGCGACACCAAAAUGACACAAUAAGUAUUCACUAUAAGUGAAUUUGUCCAAUAUUUAAAAUGGGGAGGACGAGAUACAUAAAGUGCUUUCAUUUCUAAGCGGUAAAUAUUCUGUACUGGCGCUUCAUAAGACGAUAUUAAACGUUUUAGCUUCGCUGUCCAAAUAAAUACGUAGGUAAGUGUAUGUGACUUGUGAUUGGCCAGCAGUUUGUUAUCCUCUGCUGCAGAGAUCUCUAGGGGAACAUAAGCCUAUACCUGAUUCUACUCUAUAGCUUCAAUUGCCACACUAAGUCAAGGAACACUGAAUGGCUGCAUGCAAUGUUAAUUUGUCUCUAUUCUUGGAGGACUCUCUGUAGGCGUAGGUUUGCUGAGGCAAUGUCCUUAACAGAUGGCUACAGUAUGUAAGGGACUGCUGUGAUCUAUUUUGAUCACAUGUUAUUGCUCUGCCAUACAGUUGUUGUUGUUGUUGGUGUUGGUGGUAGUGUUCAUGGCCGUAAACCAGGGUCUUAGUCCGGACUGUUUUAAGAAAGCUGAAGCUCAUUUACUGCAUUUCGAUACAGUUUUUUAAAUAUAAAAAAAAAAUGCUAUUUGGAGAACAGCAAACGUGACCCCAGCCAUUAUCACACUGGUCGCUGUAGCUUCAGUCACCUCAGUCCAUCUCCAAACACACAGCCUACUGGCUAUACAAUUAGCCGCUACACAUGAACUCAGAACUGGGAUUAAAAACUAUGAUUGAAUACGUACAGAGGGAUAUGUUGGCAGAAAAAAAGUAUUUCAUUAACGAAAAAGUAAACGAAUGAGUUUGUUUUACAGAACAAUUGUUUUUGCAGUUUGACAGCUAAUUUCCUGCCGUUCUCCACAUGUUGCCAUGACUAUGACUAACUAAAUCAAUUGGAAUCCCCCUGGGGUGCCCUGCUUGCCCAGUCGGUAAUUCAGCCACGAUUACUACAAGUUGCACCUUGUGUAUUCUACUAUUCUAACUCUCAACAGUAAGUUGAGGCCCUGACGGAGUUCCAUCUUUUGAAUUUUUGUCCUACUAUGUGGUUUACAGGCCCUGGUGGUUGUCUGCCUUAUGGAAUAAUAUAGAAAUGGUCAACCGUCUAGGCAGAGCAGUACAGUUACCAAAUAAGUCCCAGUAAACACAGUGUGUGCCAUGCACCGUGAAAGCAAGUCCAACCUUCAGUUUCACAAAACCAGAAUAAUGAAUGCACUCUAUGAUAGCCAUGGAGCCAUCACUUAUUUAUAAUGAAACCAAGACCAGACAAUAGUUGCUUCCAAGUGUAUUACCAGUGAGAUAAUCUAGCAUUAUUUUGUGAUUAUCAAGAUUAUCAAGUGAUAUCAAGUGAUUGUUUGGACCACUUGGCAGUCUCAUACAGUCAGCCUAAAUGAUAUUUAUGUAACACAUGAAUCAAAUGCACUAUUGACUGUAGAUGUCUUUCUUAAAGUGCGUCAUUUUCUCGUUGUCACAGGUUGUUUAAAAAGACAAUAGCGGUGUAGAUGUUGGUUUUUAAUAGACAGCGUUUUCGAGAGCGGAUUUGGGCUAUAAAUCAUCCAUAUUAUCCCACGGCUGAUGAGAGGUUCAAUGGAUAUAUGACAUGACAUUGACAGUACUGAGGUAUAGGCCUGUUGGUUACCCAUAGACGGUUGACCUCACUCAUACGUGUGUUUGAAGGCAAACUUGACUUACAAGCAGAAGCUUAGCAUUAGUAACACCUUAUGAUACUAUACAUUGACAUGGCUGAUGAACUACCUAGGAUUUGUUUUCCCCCUGGCCUUACUUAUAACAGCUCUCUUUUUUGUUUCAUUCACUUAUUGUACCCGUGGCUGAUGUCCCAUUAUUGUGUUCAAUGAAUAGUCAGAAAGUUGUGAAAACAUGAAAUACACCCCUGUCGUAACUGUCCCAUUUAUGUUUGUAAGAUUGCUGGAACGUAACGUGUUUUUUCAACUAUACAAUAUACUCACAGGUAUAGAGUUACGCAGAAUUAAGCCUAUAGCUCUUCGUUCUGUGUUUUUAUAACGGUCCCUUUCUUAUAUUUCACAUUUUUACUUAAGGGUAGAGACACAGGAUCAGUUUUUCAGUGUUUGAAUCAUCCGUGUGCUUGUGUGUUUCAGGGCUUUACUUUGACCUUUUAUCUGGCAACCAUUGUCAACCGGUGUGUUUGUGAUUCAUUUUUAGUUAGUGGGCAAACAGGAUAGACAGCCAUUGAAGACAUCACAGCUUGCCAGAAGCACAUAUCUUCUGGGUGGACACAAACCUCUUUUUCAAUGAGAGAGAGAGGGGGGGGAUAUAAGAA